AUGGACUCUGUCAAGAACAUUCUACACCGCAACAAGGAACACCACACCGAAGGUGCACACGGGGACAACACCCACACGCACCACCCCUCGGAGCAUCCAGCCGAGAACCCUACCACUCGCGAAGGGACGCACCAUCACCAUCAUGGCGGCGAGGCUGCUGCUGCUGCCGGAGCAGGUGCGUACGAGGCAGAGAAGCAUCACCACCACCACCGCCACGAAGGAGCCCUCGGCCACGAGCACCACCAGACCACCACCGCCGGGGUCCACGACGCUUCUGCUGCUGCUACAGCACCAGCACCCGUGACGCGGUCCUCUGCCGAGCUCGGCGCCGGCGCGACCGCUUCCGCGCCCGACGACGUCCGGCCGGCGGCGGAGGUGGGGAACAACUUCCCCGGCACCAACCCGCACCCGGACCACAGCGCUCUCGGCACCAUGAGUGGCAAAGGUCUGGCCUUCUCCGGUCGCGAGUAG